AUUUCGAGAUAAGACGAAAACAUGAGGAGAUCAAGAUAGCGACGAUUAACGACGCUGAGACCGAGCGGCACGUUGUCAUCAUCACGCUGUCUCUGGAUCAUUGGAUCCCUCGAGUUCGCCUACGGCAGGUUCUUAUGCAUGCCAUGGAGGCGACGUCCCCUAGAAGCCCACCAAAGAAGGCCUCAAAACGAUCUUCGAACGCAUGUACACGUUGCCGAAAGCAAAAGAUAAAAUGCUCGGGUUUACAACCUUGUGAGGGCUGUAAGAAGCGCAAAGCAAAUUGCAUCUUCGAUGAUGCUGGCGAUAAGGUGGUGGUGACAAGAGCAUUUCUCUUGGAGCUCCAGCGUAAGGCAUCACGGUCGCAACAACAAUCACAAGCAGUCGAAGCAAGCGUAUCGGCACUAUCAACCUCCGGACAUGAAGAUAAUAGUACGCUCGAAGAUGAGCACGAUGGAAAUGUCGCACAGAAUAACGACGACGAACAGAUCAGCUCGUCUAGGGAGGGUUCGAAUCAGCCGGCAUUGACCAAUCUACUUGCUGCUUCGCCAUCGACUUUUAUGGCAGCGCCAAACGGGCAACCUUAUUACAUGGGUACCUCGUCGAACUGGUCAUUCUCGGGCAGAGUCCUCCAAAUAACUCACGAACAUGUGCAUCAAACACCCCUGCCAUCAAGUGCUCUGCUCUUUGAUGGAUUGGCCUAUGACCUAGGCUGGGGCGGGCCAAUGGAUCCUACUGACCUAAACACGCUUGCAAUACCUAGUCCCGACUAUUCAAUAUAUUUGGUCAACGCUGUGAAGUUCCACUGCGGCCAGAUGUAUCACUUAUUUGACGACGAAGAGUUCCAUCAGAACCUCCAGCAAUUUUAUUCGGAGCCUGAAAACCCAGCAAGGCAGAGUAGUCUAUGGUACAUUCAUUUCCUCCUCAUUCUAGCCUUCGGAAAGAUUUUCAUAAUGCAAAAGUCCACCGGCAAGAGACCAUCGGGCACGGAGUUCUUCGUUAAAGCAAUGCAGAUUCUUCCCCCUGCCUAUUGUUUCCCCUCCGACCCUGUCGGCUCUACCGAAAUUCUGUGCUGCAUAGCACUAUACCUACAAUGCGUUGACCACAGAAACGCCGCGCACAUCUAUAUUGGCCAAGCCAUGCGUACAGCCAUGGCCUAUGGAAUGCACACUGAGAUGCCUGCAGAUCAACUCGGCGAGAAACACGUCCAGAGAUGUCGCAAAGUCUGGUGGACGAUUUUUGUACUCGAUCGACAGAUGACCUCUUUAAUGGGGUUACCUCAUCCUAUACAGGAUGCAGAGAUCCAAUGCCGACUCCCCGUAUAUCACGAAUCUCAUCAACGAACUACAACACUUGAUAUGCAUAUCAAGUUGGCACGCGUCAUUGCUGAAAUAAAUAACGAUGUCUACGGUGCAAAUGGUCGACUGAAAGGAACUUUCUUGAGAAGCACAAAAGCCUCCUUGAGGAAGUUGGCAGGGUUGGCAGCCGAGCUCGGCCAGACACUUCCUUUGAGGCUGGAUCAAACUGGGCAUGGUGUUUCAAGGAUGUCCGCUUCCCUACACCUACUAUACCACCAGUGCAUUGUAUUAGCGACUCGACCUUUAAUGUUUUGUUACCUGAAAAUGAAGUUCGAAGCAGCAACAUUCUCGAAGACCUCCACCCAGGAUAAAUUCAGCACAAUUCUACAGAUGUGUAUAGAAUCAUCCCAGUCGAUCAUCAUCAUUUUGGAAAGCCUCCAAUCACAGGGCUUACUGGAAACGUUCCUCUCGUUGGAUCUUGACUCCUUGCACGUGUCGUCGAUUAUACUUGUCAUCGGAUCAGUGAUCGACGGACAACUCAUCAAAGACCGGCUCGCCUGGGUUCAGCGAUCUCUGUCAUUGUUGGAUUGCAUGAUCACAGCCGGUAAUUUAACCGCUGGCUGGCGAAAAACAGAAAUGCUAAAACUAAAUCAAAUGUUAAGCGAACCAGGCGAUGGAGGCCCUAGCAUUCCAUACCCUUCCGCCGUUUCCUGCACCAGCGCAUCAUUUCAAAGCAUUUUCACAGAAACGGUUGUACCACUCGGUCAGGAUGCAAUGCCACUACCACCCCUUAGUAUGAAUAGCCUCUGUAACGGCGACGAUCUCUCAGCAGAUCAAAUUCUGGCAAUCGCUAGUUCCAUCCAGGAAGAAGAUGUUGAGUGGAUGGACCGUGCAAUAGCGGAGAAUAGCAUUUGGUAGCACAGAAAAGGAAAUUUAAAAAAAAAAAAAAAAAAAAUUUG